GUGCGGAUGACGACAUGACGCGUGCCUCGGUUACUUAGGACGUUAUCGAUAAAACGCCUAGGCAUGCUGCACUAUUACAAACCAGCCCUCAAAACCACUGCGAAAUAACAAACACUAUUGAAAGAUAAGAGCUUCACAUGCCAACAACACGAGGCCAAAAGCGCGACGCGGAGAUGGAGGCAGCACUAAAACUCUUUUUCUCAAGCCCACGCUUCGCAGUAGCCGGCGCUUCUUCCGAUCCAUAUAAAUACGGGCACAAAAUCUUCGCGUGGUAUCUCCAGCACUCUCUCCCUGCGACGCCACUAAACCCAAAGAGCCCGACUGUCACGAUAUUAAACCGUGCUCAUACCACUGUGCCUUCACCACUCGCUCUCCAAGAUCCACCAGCAUCAGAUUAUUCUCUAUCGGUCAUCACGCCACCUGCCGUUACAAGGCAGUUGCUCAAAGAGGCGAAAGAGGCAGGCAUUCCCGCCGUAUGGCUGCAGCCUGGGAGCUUCGAUGCAGAGGUUCUGGAGUAUGCGCAAGCUAACUUUAAGGCGGCGAUUGGUGGGAAUGGCGGAAGGGGAGGAGAAGGAUGGUGUGUACUUGUUGAUGGAGAGGAAGGAUUAAGGGCAGCUGGACGAGAGGCGUCAAGACUUUGAACCGGAUGGAAGAUCGAUUAUACAGUAUGUUCUUCGCUCUGCUCCGAAGUUUGGAAAUGCCCGAUGAUGUAGA